AUGGCGUCGCAGAUAGAGAGAAGGCUAUCCCAUAUUGAAUAUUCUGACAAGAUAUGCAUCGAGGCAAUCCGUGGAGAGCGCUUACCAGAGGCCCUCGGCUUGCCUGUCGUGCAACACUCCGUUAUCCGUGGAAUAAGGUAUCACGAUGGCUUUGCCGAAGAGCUCAUGGGCUCGCUACCUGCCUUCACCCGUGCACUGUGCGCGCGAAGCAUCAUGAGCAACAGAGUCCCACAAAUCAACCAACCUGAGGACAUCCCUUACUGCAUCUGGCAUCCAGACGUAGCCACAGAAGCCACAUAUCGUGAAGUGGCUCGCCGCUACCCCCAAAUGAAAUAUCAAGUUGGGCGAGCCUGCGCUGUCGCCGGAUAUUUCAAUCUGUAUAUGGAGCUGAAUCUGCUCCCUGAAGUUCAUAUUGCCGACGAGGCGCGAGAAAACGGCCAUUCGGAUAUUUACGAGGAUAUAAUGGCAAGUCCCGUCAAGUACGAAGUCAUGAACGACUAUUUCCGCACGAUCAACGCCGAUCAGCCAAAGGUGGCCCAUCUGAAUGGCAAUACUGCCGUUCGCCCUUAUCUUGAGGUUAAACGGAAGUUUCGACAAACCGAUGAACCAUUCGAUGUCAAGGGCACGGCAUCAAAGGGUCAUUACUUUGACAUUACCGAAGAUAACGGGGUGGAUGAGUUCGACACAAAGAGUCUGCCUUCUGACGGAGCAGCUGUGACACAGUACCUAUACUCGCCGCUUCCCCGAGACCUUCCGCUCAUCAACAAGGACGUUCUGAUACUUACGGCUGCGUACUAUGGUGACAUUGAUCGCUAUGCGCGACUGUGUCGUCCAAUGACAGUACCAACCGAAAUCCACUGCAUUGUUAGAGGGAUUUACCACAACACAAUGUUCGCCAAAUGGUGGUCUCUCCAACCAGAUAUAAGCGAUUACCGAAUCCAACGCGCAAUCUAUGCUCGAUUCAUUAUGGACAAUGAUAUCUCUCGAAUCACACCAGAAACCCCCUGUAAUGAGCUCCCCUAUUUGAUAUGGUACCCGGCCAUUGCACACGGGCGGGUUUAUCAAGAACUCGUACGACGAAAACCUUCCAUGAAAGCAGCUGUAGCUCGAGCGUGCAUUGUAGCCGAUUACAGGGACGUAUACGAUAAGCUGGAUGUAGAUCCAGAUGUGGAUCUCCUUGCAGAGGCAAAAGUCAGUCCCAAUCCAUAUUAUCUGCAAGAUCUCAGAAACAAGACGGAAAGGCGAGGCGGUGUUCCGGAUGAAUGGCCCAAGUGGAAUCCAUGUUAUACAAGGGAUCGUCUAUUCGAACAUACAACUACUCGACUGUUGGGUGAUGUAUCGAAUUCUAUCGCGGACACGGAGUCGGGUGUACCUUAUAACGGUGUUUAUGCUGGUAUGAGUCAUGUAGCUCUUCAUGUGUGUGCUUCAGAGGGACAGGAUAUGCAUGAUGUUGAUCUAAGUGACAUGUAUUAA